AUGUCUUCCAUCUCCAGCGUCCAGAAUGGCAACGAAAACACCCUUGCCAUUCCUGGAUCUGAGGAUGAUGGCCCCAUCGAGGUGCCUGCUACCCGCUCUGCUAUCUCUGAGGCCAGCAAGUACAUGCACAACCUCAGCGUGUCUCCCUCCAUGAGGGACCGCAGAUCCUCCCGCAACUCUUUCGGCACAGCCCUCCCCAUCCCCCGCAAGCGUCAGUCGCGUCUCUCGUCUGUGCACCAUGCCGACGGUCUCCCUGCGCGUCCGGGCAUGCCCCCGAUCCAGCCUACCCGGGAGCUCCUCGUUUCUCAGGUUCAGAGCAUCCAGGCUGAGAAGGUCAAGAAGGCCAAGAACAUGGCCUUUGCCUUUGACAUUGACGGUGUGCUCGUCCAUGGCGACCGUCUUAUCCCCGAGGGUCGCAAGGCUCUUGAGAUCUUGAACGGAGACAACGAGCUCGGUAUCAAGAUCCCCCACAUCUUCCUCACAAACGGAUCUGGCAAGAUCGAGAAGGCCCGCUGCGAACAGCUCUCCAAGAUCCUCAAGAACCCCGUCAACACCGACCAGUUCAUCCAGUCCCACACACCCAUGAGUGCUCUGGCCGAGUACUACAGCACUGUCCUUGUCGUCGGUGGCGAGGGUUACCGAUGCCGCGAGGUCGCUGAGCAGUAUGGCUUCCGCAACAUCGUCGUCCCCAACGACAUUGUCGCUUGGGACCCUACUGUUGCUCCCUACCGUGUCUUUACCGACGAGGAGCGAGCUACCUCUCGUCCUCGUGACUUUACCAAGAUCUGCAUUGAGGCUAUCAUGGUCUUCUCCGACUCUCGGGACUACGCGACCGACAUGCAGAUCAUCAUGGAUGUCCUCCGCAGUAAGAACGGUCGCCUUGGCACUAUCGCCGAGGACCCCGUUGCUGAGCGCAUCCCCAUCUACUUCUCCCAGGGCGAUCUCCUCUGCCCUACUGAGCACCCUAACCCCCGUAUGUCCCAGGGAGCUUUCCGCAUCGGUCUUGAGGCCAUGUACAAAGCCCUCACUGGUGUCGACCUCGAGCGUGUCGUCUACGGCAAGCCCGAGCUGGCUACUUACAAGUACGCCGACGACGUGCUCACCUCUUGGAUGGGCGAACUCCACGGCGAGGAGAAGCUUCCCCAAAACAUCUACAUGAUUGGCGACAACCCUGCGUCUGACAUCAUCGGUGGCAACAUGUACGGCUGGAACACGUGCCUGGUGCGAACCGGUGUCUUCCAGGGCGGCGACAACGAUGAGAACAACCCUGCCAACUUUGGCGUCUUCCCCAACGUCCUUGAGGCUGUCAAGAAGGCGCUGCGACAGGAGCUCGGCAGCGACUUCAAGUGCUUCUUUGACGAGACUGUGAACCCUGUCCUGCACGCCGACGCCCACGACGGCGCCGCUGUGGUUUAA